AUGUAUGACUCUGGCUUAAAUGGGGAGUCCAAAGUCAGUAAAAUUAUUGUUGGGAGUUCUUGGCAUUGGCCUUUUCCCAACUCCUGGGAUCUCAGGGAAUUAACAUCCCAAACUCCCAACAAUUGCCUUCCUAACCCCUUGGAGAGGGACACUACUGUUUGGUCCCUCAACCCUGAUGGUGCUUUCACAAUUAAGUCUGCUUGGGAGUUGUGGAGAUAUAAGCAGGAUUCGGUUCCUUGGUAUAAUCUUGUCUGGGGUCAUGCUACUAUCCCCAAAGUUAGCUUCAUUGUUUGGUUGGCUAUCUAUGGCAGGCUGAACACUAGUGAUAGACUCUAA